AGACCUCGUGGUUUUAUUUACAAUUAUUAUCAUUUAAACUUUAAGACGGUGUUAAAAAUGUUUUUUGAAAUAAUCUUACCAUAAAUUAAUUAUAACUUUUAGAUUUUGUAAGCGCCAAAAUGAAAAACAAACCACUAAGGCAUAAGGAGUAUAAUACCUUUAGGGUAAGAAUAAUGAAUUAAUUUGAAUAGGUUAAAUAAAUUAUUAAAUAAUAAGUUUAUUAUGAAGUAUUUGAUUUAAAAUAUCAAUAGCAUUAGUUAAUUUAUAACUUUAUUAAUUAAAUUUUAAUUAAUUUACUUAAUUCUGAUAUUUAGUUUCAACCAUUCCAUGUGAGGAUAUCAGAAAUUGAUGUUGAUGUAGUCCAUCGUAUCGGGCAUAGUAAUGAAGACUUUGACAAUGAUAAAAAAACGAAAUUCUUCCAAUCUAUUGAACGAUGGAAUGAUUUGAACAGAUCUGAGAGUUAUGAUGAAUUGUGCAAUAACCUAAAACCAAUGCAGUUGGAGAGCUUGCCUCAACUUUUAGCUAGGAAACAAGAAAUAUCACAGGUUCUAUUUAAAUAUUUGGAUAAUCCUGAUCCACUUUCGGUUCAAGCUGCAUUAGAGUAAGAUAAUUAAUUUCCUAUUACACUUAAUUUUUAUGCUAUUUUCAUGAUCUUUUAUUUUUUGUUUAAAAAUAAAAUAAAAUUCAGUUCUUGUUAUAAAGCCCUUGUUAUCUGAAAAAAAUUAUGUUUUUCUACCUACCUAUAUAAUAGUAAUACUAAUUUGUUUUCGUUUCAAUAGAUUUGUUGUAGCGUUUGCUCAAGAUUUACAACAAGAAUUUUAUGUAUAUUUUCCUCAAUUUCUAAAACAUUGUAUAAAACUGCUGCGGACAAAAGAUGCUGAACAGAUAGAAUGGUCAUUUACUUGUCUAGCCUAUUUAUUCAAGUUUUUAUGGCGUUUGAUAGUACGUGAUAUAAAACCGGUAUUUGAGUGUGUUGUUCUUUUGCUUGGUGAUGAUCAACCGAAUUAUAUUAAUGAUUUUGCUGCAGAAAGUUUUUCAUUUGUAGCUAGAAAAGUAAAAGACAAGAAAAGCUUUUUGAAAAUGGUCCUUAAGAACUUAAAACACAAACAAGAUGUAAAAAAACAUUGUUUUAUGAUAUAAUAUUAUACCUAGGUACAUAAUGUGUAUAUUUUAGUAACUUAUUUUACAAUUUUAGAGUGUUUAUGGUUGUUCUAAACUUCUUUUUGAAGUAAUUAAAGGAAUGUCUGGUGGCUUACAUACAUGUGCUGAUUUCUUUUUACCAGUUUACAUAAAUUCUCUUGCCGAUAUUGAUAUCUCUUAUAAGUUACUAAAUGAUGUUUUAGACAUGUUAUUUGAUCAUAUUCUUCAACAUAUACAACCUAAUAAAAGUGCAAUUAUAUGGACAAUACUUAAGGUAUGACAUAUCAAGAAACUAAAGUUGGAUAGUUAUUUUGUUUUUAUUCCAGGAAACAACAUCACAAUUUUUGAAAAACCAUGAUGAUAAUCAAAAUGAAAGGACUUCUGCAAAUCUAAAUCAAGUGUUAAUUCUUUGCCAUCGUUUUGUGGCUCAUAAAAAUGGGUCAUGUAUACAAAAUUUAACUGAAUUGUACGAAUGGGUACUUGGAUAUUUAAACCAUAGACCCCAAUUGGCUCAGGAUCAUUUAAAUACUUUGAGUUCUAUUGUAAGCACACUCUGCUUAUCAAAUAUUGGUUUGCCAUCAUAUCAGUCAAAUACUCUCAUAGAAAAAGUUAGUAAUACUAAAAUUUGUAUUACUUUGUUUUUACAUUACCUAAAUUAUUAAUUAUUUUAAAAUUUUUGUAGGUUAUGUCUUUGAAUAAUAUUGACAUUUUAGUAUCAUUUGCGGAACAAAUGUAUACUUAUAUAAAUUUUGAGCUUUUAAUUAUUCAAAAACUUUUAAAUUUUAUUAUUGACCUUAUAAAUUUAAAUCAAGAAGUUCCCAAAUCUAUUAUUAUUUGCUUGUCUAGAUACCUAAAUGAUAAAUCUCCAUUAAGAUCUUAUGGAUAUGACAAAUGGAGGAUCAAUUUCAAAAAUACACUUUACGGAAGGUUAUUAUAUUAUUUAAUAAUAGUUUUGUUAAAUUAAAACUAUUAAUUUAUAUUUAACUAUUAUGAUAAACAUUUUCCAAUUUUUCUUCAACUAUCUUCAUUUUUUUUUAUAGAGUUUAGAAAAUAUAAUUAAAUUACACUUUUAUUUUCAAAGUUUAAUUAUAAUGAACCAUAACAAUGAUAAAUGGUUUAUAUUUAUUUUUAGACAUCAUGGCAGUGAAAUUAUCGGAAACUACAUUCUGAGAUGGUUAGAAAAUGUUGGAAUUGUUAAUUAUGAUGCAGAUGAUAUUACAUGUUAUCUGAUUUUACUUCAGCAUUUCAAUCAUAAUGAAGCAAAUGCUACUGCAGUUUUAAAAAAAAUGUUUGAAUUCACAACCCAACAAUUUGAAAAUGGCAGUAUUAAAAAUUUUUUCACUUUUCUCAACUUAAUUAAAACUAUUAUGAGAUUGAAAGAUGAUUUUCAUGAUUGGUAUACUUUACCUAAAUUAAUUCCUCAGUUAAAUUCAUUUUUAAAUAAUAAAUUUGGAUCUUGUGCGUUGAUUUUGGAAGUAAUUUAUGUAUUGACUACAAGCUUAAACAUUCAAAUUAAUGAUAUUUAUAUUAUGGAAUUGGAAAAGAAACUUAUUGAUUUACUGUCAUCACCCUAUCAUCAAGUGCGUCUAAUAAGUUGCAAAAUUUUAGUGUUGAUAAAUUUUCCAACAUGUUCACAAUUUGAGGAAAGAAAUAAGCUAUUUAAAUUGUUAGAAUCUGUAGAAACUGUACCAGUUUCAUUAAAUGAAUACCGUGAACGUCUUCUACGUAUACAACAUUUAGAAUAUAAUGAUACAUUUGAAAAUAAGUAUAUAACUGUUGAAGAUGUUUCAGAAAUUGCAGUAAAAUUCCUUUUAGGAAAUUUACAUGUCAAUUUUAGACCUAUGUGGGAUCCAGUUAUAAAAUUAAUAGUGUCUCAUGCUAAAUCAUCAAAGACAUUUUGGCCUGUAUUUGAAAAAGAACUACAAUUUAGUACUCAACAUAAAAAUUAUAUUAUGAAAUCUAAUGGGCUAAAAGAUGAAUUCAAAAGUAAAUUUUUUUGUUUAAUGAUUCUUUUAAUUUAAUUUAAUUAUUGUUAUUAUUUUUUUUAUCAUGUUAAAAUAUAUUUUAGUUGAUUUUAUUAAUGAACAGUACACAAAAUUGAAUAAUGCAGCUGAACGAGUAGAUAUGACUAAUUACCGAACUUUAUUGUGGACUGCUAUGGCAGAAUUUGGAAUCUUAAUAGAACAGAAAAAUAAAGAUAUUGUAAAACAUUUCCUACACUUUAUUUGGUAAAUUUUGUUUACUUAUUUAUUACAUUUCCAAACUAAAUGCAUUUCACUAUUAAUAUUUAUUUAGGUCUGAAUACAUGAAGGGUAAUUCGGAACUAGCAAAUAGUUGGAAUAUUAAACAAAAUGAUAAAGAUGAAAAUCCUGAAACUGAUAAUGAAAGUAAUUUAAAUGAAAUCCAUUCAGUUGAACCAUUUAAAUCAAACAACAAGGCUCUUACUAAGUAAAAUUUUUAAAUAAAAUUUGACAAUAUUUUUUUUUUACAUAAUCGGGACAAUAAUCAUGAUCAUUUUAUAGAUUACUAUUAGCUCAUUUAAACUUAAUGUCAAAUAUUCCUAAUCCUAAAAGCAUAUAUAAAGAGGCUGAAGUUUAUGAUGUGUAUUUAAGUCUUCUAUCAAAUAAAAAUGCAGAAGUACAAAAAGCAGCUUUUGAUUGUUUGUUAACAUAUAAGCAGAAACAUGUUACUCCUUAUAAGUAAGUUAAUAAAUAAUUUAUAUAUUUUUAUAUUAUAAAAAUUGUUUAGCUAUAUCAAGUAAACUCAUUCAUAUUCAUGGAUAUUUUUAAAUUUUCAGAGAAAAUCUUUAUAAAUUAAUUGAUGAACAAUCUUUUAAGGCUGAGCUAGUCAUGUUUAGAGUGGACACUGAAAGUAAAGCGAUACUACCAGAGUAUCGACCCCUUUUAAUGCCCAUUAUAAUGAGGUAAACAAUAUAAUAUUAUAAAUUAUAUAUAUUUGUGAAUUACUUUGUGAAAUUAUUUCUUUUUAAUAAGUUCAAUAUUAUUGUUUUAAAAAAAAUAUUUUCAUUUUAGAUUGGUGUAUGGCAAAUUGUUAGGAGGAGGUGGUCCAAGAACAGGUGGUAAGUCUUCAGGACAAAAUAGACGGACCGCUAUUAUGCGUUUUCUCGUAGGUUGUGAAGAAUCUGAACUUCUUGUUUUCAUGCAAAUGAUAUUCAGGGCCCUUGAUUCUCAAGUUCAAUGUAAUUUGCUGUAGUGUAAACAAUUCAUAUUUUUUAGUUUUAAUUUCAAUUUUUUAGUUUCAGAAUGUCCUUUAGAGAUGAUUCGCCAUAUUGUGAACACUAUUGAUUUGGAACAUGUUCUUCCACCAAGACGUCUGUUAUCAUCGGUGAACAUGUGUGCUGUUAUAUUGAAACAAUGCGGAGCAUUAUCAGGCACAAAUGGUCUUUAUUACAUGCUUAAAGUUUUAUUGUGUAUUGGAGCUAAUAUAAAAGCCAUGUUAAUGCACCGUUCUUCUGUACAUGAUGGUUAUUUAAACACAAUAUCUAAAGUUCGAAUAACUACAAUAGAAACAUUGACAGCAUUUUUUCAACAUUUUGAAAAUUUCCCAUGGACUAGAAAUUUCCUUAGCUCAAUAUUUGAAGUGUUCAUCGAACCAACAUUAUGUAAAAUGUCAAUUGAGUGUUUUCAAUAUCCAACUCCAUUAAUGAAGUUUUUAGUUGUUUGGAGCCAAAUACCGAGGUAAUUAAAUAAUUAAUACAGUUAUAAACACAAGUUAUUCCCAAAAUAAACUAUAUGAUUAAAUUACUUUUUAAAGUGUAUUAAUUUAACUCCAUGGUUUAUUUUUAGAUACUAUUGUUUAUUGGGAUAUAAAGUAAAUGAUUUAACGCCAAUUAAAGUUUUAAUUGAUCUUUUAACAUCAGAAAAAACUUACGGAGGAGUAAAAAAAAUUAUUCUUGAAGUUAUCAAUAGGUUAUUAACUUUUGAUGGAACAUAUAACGAUGCAAUGGAUGUUGAUGUUCCGGCUCUUGAUGUACCUCUUCCCUUGUUACCCUCAGAGUAUGAAGGUAAAAUUGUUAAUUAAAAAUAAUAUGAAGUAUUAUGAACAUCAUCUUAUAUUAUUAAGCGAGUAUGAUAAUUUAAAUUUUCCAUUUUACAGAUGUUUUAAAUGUUGGUUCACGUUUACUAUUUCCAUAUCUUCCAACUAUUCUUAAGUAUCUUUAUAACGAAUUGUCAAAAAAGCGAGGUGUUGGCCUGGAAUCAAUUGAGAUGUCUAUAUUGACUAAAGCUUCUGAACUUGUGCGAGAUCAACAAUCCAGUUCAAAUUUGUUAUCUUUAUUGUUUCCAGUUUUGUUGAAGAAAGCUACUGGCGAUGAUAUGGCAAUUGCUCCAUUAUUUGCCACUGUUAAUUGUUUGGUGUCAAAUGUUAAAGAUAUUGGUUUAAUUCCUCGACAAUUAGCUACACUUUUUAGCAGUGUUACAGGACAACAUAGUAGAAAUAUGUUACUCGAGUUCACCAAAAUUAUUGCAAAAAAGAGUCCGUAAGUAAUUUUGGUUUUAUUUGAUAACAAUUUGUAUUGUGUUUUAUAUACUGUUAGAAUAAAUUUUAUUGGUUCUACUAUUGUUUCAUAUUUAGGAAUAGUAAAAUUCACUGUGAUAUAUUGUGUGAAUUAAAUGCUUGGGACAAGAGACGUUUGGAUCAACCAGAUUUUGAUUGUAGAAUGAAUGCUUUUAAAAAAAUUAAAGUUUUAUUGGAUGACAAUGAUGUCUCAGUUGAAUUUGGCGCCUUUGUGAUUUAUAACUGUUUCUACAUUUUUAGCAAUGUGAGUAAUGUGUAGUGUCAGUGAUAUAUUGUAUUUUUUAUAUUGACGUUUUUAAUAUUACACAAUAUUUAGGUAAAUGAUAUUGGACUGAGAGACACAGCAAGCACAUGUUUAAAAAAUAUUAGUUGUUUUCUUUGUCUGAAAUAUGCAAAACAAUCAUCUGAACGGACAUUUAUCUUAGAUUCAGUUUUGUUGCCAUCAAUACGUUCUGGAGUUCAAAGUUCAAAAGAAUUAGUUCAAUAUGAAUCAAUUUCGCUUUUAGGACAUUUGGUUUGUUACUAAAAUCAAGUAAAAUGUAUUAUGAUUUAUAAGAUAAUGGAUAACUAUUAUAAUUUUUUAUAUUAGGCGAGAAAAUGUGCUCAUGUUCAUUUUAUAUUUAACGAUUUACAACCUUUGUCUAAUGAAACUGAUCUUGAAGGAGAUUUUUUUGAGAAUAUUCAGCAUUUACAGACUUAUCGAAAAGUUAAGGCUCUCCAUAGGUAAAUUCUUAUUUAUGAAAACUAAUUGUUGUUAUAUUACAAUAAUUUAUUACUGUUAUUUUUAUUGAUUUUCAAAUAAUAUUAUGUUAUCUAGAUUCAGUGAAAUCAUGAAAAAAAGUUACCGUUGUCCCAGGCCUAAAACAAUUGUACAUUACCUAUUUCCAUUGGCUAAUCAAUUUUUAUGUUCUCAAAAAUAUGCUGCUAAAAACAGUCUUAUUGAUGCUGCUAUUGAUGUAAAAAUUAUUUAUUAACUUGAAUUAGAAUUAAUAACUAUAAUAAUCAUCACCUAAUUUUAUGAAUACUAAACAUAAUUGUUUUAAAUAAUUUUAGGCUAUUAUAACAAUGAGUCGAAUACUCCCUUGGCAACAAUAUGAAACUCUACUAAAACUUUAUUUAAAUAAAAUGCGGUCAUCAAUUGAUUUCCAAAAACAAAUGGUACGCAUUGUGUCAGGCAUAUUGGACUCUUUUCAUUUUGAUUUGUCACGAGCAGCUGAAAGAGAAUCUAAAGCUAUUUCAGAAUUGACUCCUGUAAAAAGUAUUAAAAAUAGUUCUCACAUAGUAACAUCAGAAAAUAAAAUGGAAAAUGAUCAACAGGAUGAGGUUGAAAUUCAGAUGGAAAUAGAUGAUGAUAUUGAUGAAGAAGAAAAUACUAAGUUAAGAGAAUUGAUUGUAGAGAAAAUGCAUAUUCUAUGCCCGUCAACAGCAAUCAAAGUUACAAAAGCAAUUUCUAUUGGUUUAUUGCCUCAGCUAAAUAAUAACCUUGCUCAGUACUCAGAGUCUGACCGUAGUCAUAAAAUGAAUAAAAAACAAGUAGAAUAUGAUAAAGAAGAAAUGGAAAUGUUAAAAAUUCCUGUUGCACUGGCUGUUGUGAAACUGUUAAAGAAAUUGCCAGAAAAUAUGCUAGAAGAAAAUAUACAAGGUGUAUUUAUGAAACUAUGUACAUUUUUAAAAUCUCGUCUGGAGAGUGUGCGACGUGUGACCCGUGAAACAUUGCAAAAUAUCAUGAUAACACUCGGCACAAGUUAUAUGAGUAUGCUUUUAAAUGAAAUGACUGCAUUGUUAACACAAGGUUUUCAAGUGCAUGUACUUAUUUAUACAAUUCAUGCAAUUUUUGUAUCAUUAAGUGAACAUUUUGAAAAAGGCCAUAUGGAUAGUUGUUUACCUUAUAUUUUAGAGGUGAGUUAUAUACUUCAAAUAUAUCAAAUACUUAUUCUUCCAGCUUCUAUCACUCUUCAGGAAUUUUCACCGUCAUCACCAAAUCAUUCCACUUGUCACGAUCACAUACUAACUCUUUAAUUCUGCACUCCGAGGCAUUCUAAACCAUUAUCCACAUUAUUAAUAUAAUUACUCUAUGAUAGACCUAACCUAACUUAACCUAACCUUUGUGAAAGCCACAUUGAUAUUCACCUAAACACUUUUGCAAACAGUUUUAGAUAGUUCAAUGGGACUUCAGUGAAAACUUUAUGUACAGAGUUCAGUAGAGACAUCCCUUUAUAAUUACUACUCCCCAUUUUAUAUCUCUUCUCGUGAAGUGGUACAAUUUUUGCAUUAUUUCCUCCUGCCAUACCUUAUAAAUAAAGUUAUACAUAUCUUCAUUAUAUUUUAUACGUUUUGUUACAAUGUCAUCAGAACCAAAUGCUUUUUUUUUUGGAUACUUUAUUUACCAAUAGCACUGCUCGCUGAAUACAUGUACUUUCUAUAGGAUUGAGCGGUAUUUUACCAUUUAAUAGAUCAGCAAAAUAUUCCUUCCACCUUUUAUCUUUUUUUCUGGUUUCAUAAGUUGUAUCUACACUAUUCGUUUUGGUUUUUAAGGUGUACUUUUUGAUGGUUUUGAAAAAAUUUCUCAUACUAUCUUGCGAUCUGUCCUGUUUUGCUUUUCUACAGUAUUCUGUUCAGAAAUUUUUUUUCUCUUUAUGUAAUACGUAUUUACAGGUUUUUCAUUCCUUUUCAUAUAUUUCUCUCAUAUUUUGAUCUAAUCUAUUAUAAUAUUUUUUUUUUUUAGCCGAGUAAUUUUUCUGGAUCUCCACAUCGUUUAAUGUUUCUAGGUUUAUACUAAAUUUUUUUCGUUUUCUUUCAGCAUUCUUAAGACCUUGUAAUUUCAACUCAAAUGUUGAUACCAACAGAAAAUGAUCAGAAUCAGAAUAUUCCUUUUUGUAAUUAUCUGUAAUAAAUGACUGAAAUCUUUUCUGUAUGAGUACAUAAUCUAUUUGGUUUAUAGUUUUAUUAUCUGGAAAUCUCCAUGUUACUUCCCUUGUGGAUCUUAUGGGGACAAUGUUUACUGCUUAUUACCAUGUUCUUAGAAUUAAAGGAUAUGACUCAAUCCAUUGUCAUUACUAUGAUCAUACAUGCUCUCUUUUCCUAUUGUUAAUUGAUACUGAAUUUUUUUUCCACAUUUGGCAUUUAAAUCACCUAGUACUACUUUUAUCACGUUUCUUGGUGUUUGGUCAUUGAUUCUAUUUAUCACCUUCUAUACUUACUUUACUUGACCCAUAUAUGCAUAUUAAUAUUUUAGGGGGUUGUAUUCUCAAGACGGCAAUCUUUUCUGACAUCGGGUUAAAUUUUCUAAUGUGUGGUUAUAAUGUAGAGAAAAGUCUCUUCCAAAGUUGUAUCCAUUCCUGAGUACAAAAUUGUGUAUUCUUCAAUUUUCAAUUGUCCUGUGCCCAUUCAAUUAAUUUCUUGCAAUGCUGCUAUUUUUAUUUUGCCCAUUACAUUAACUCGAUUCUAACAAGGACCAGCUCAAAAAUUCCCUUAACUCCACAAACUGUUUUCUAUGUUUCAACUUAUAUCCAUUACUCCAUGUUCAAGGUUGAUUUUUUGUUAAUAUCAUAAAACUUUUUACGAGAUACUGUAUUAAACCCAUACACAACUCUCAAUUUGGAAGGCUAAACUACCCCAACCAAAAUAGAGGACAGGAUAGAGCUACUGCAAUGCAUUAUGAAGUAUACUGGGUGAUGGGGAUGCUACUUUCUGUAUGUCUAAUAAUAAAUACUUUUAAUGAAUAAAUUAUACUUUUAUUUAUAUAUCAAUGAAAAUAGUAAAUAAAAAUAUUUUACUUUAUUAGACAUUUUUAUAUUAUAACAGGUUGUUAAGGUAGAUUUAUUUGGUGCAAGUUCUGAUGAAAAAGAAGUUGCAAAAAUUGCUGGAAAAACAGUUGAAGCUCGAGGUAACAAGAGUUACAAUACUUUGCACAUUGCAGCAGAAUAUGUGACGGAAAAAAGUUUUAUCAAUAUAAUUAUGCCAUUUAAAGACGUACGUAUCUAUUUUUUUUAAAUUGAAUAUGAUUUGAUUUAAGUUUUUCCAUAUUUUAUCUAAUAAAUUAUAAUGGUUUUAAUUUUUUUUUUUUUUUAAUAUUAAAUUGCGCAGAUAUUGUUUUCAACAUUAUCAUUUAAAAAUGUCCGGAAAUGCAAUGAAAGUUUACGUCAUAUUGUCACUGGAUUAGUUGAUAAUAAAUUUGUCAAUACUGAAUCUCUAUUAGAGUUUGCUUAUGGCACAGUGUCCCAGAGUAUUCCAGUUCUUAAUAUAGAUUCCAAACAAGAAAUAAAAACAAGAGAAGAGAUAAAGAAACCAGAUUCAUAUAUAAUUCCUCAAGGUAAUAUUAGUGUGAUUAUUAUAAAAUAUAAAAUAUACUAUUACUAAUUUUUCUUCCCUGAUUUUAGAACCCAAACGUACUAAAACAAUACUCGAUAAAACAGUUUGUGCCCGUACAAAUGCUCAUGAACUUGUUCAAUUUGGUUUGAGUUUAUUCCAAUUUAUGUUGAAACGAGAAAUGUUAAAGAGUUCAGUAUUCUCGCCUUUUAUUGACCCAUUUGUUUCUCUUGUGAUGGAUUCACUAAAAUGCCAACACAUAAAGGUAUUUUGCUAAUAUUAUUUCUUUUUGGCUUUUAUCUUAUAUUUGUUUUUAAAUUAGCUUAUUACCUUGGCCCUUCAAUGCUUGAACUGGCUUUUGAAACGAGAUUUACCAUCUGUGAAGGAAAAUAUUAAAUCUAUUUCAGAAAGUUUAUUUGAGACCAUACACAAAUACGCAACUGGUCAAAACUGCACUGGAGAUAAUGCUGAUCUUGUUAUGUCUGCGUUUAAAGUAAAUAAUAUAUUCAAAAUAUAAAAUAUUAAUAAAAAAAUAUUUCAGAUUAAAAUGUAUAAAUAAAGGGUAUAUAAGGGUAACUUAGUAUUUUCUAUUUAGUUUUUUCAUUAUUAUUAUUUUUGAACUAUUGAUAUUUUAAUUCAGUAAUCUUGUAUUUUUUAGACCCUAUCUACAUACAUCCGCGAAGUAAAAUACCAUAAACUGAAUGAUGACCAAUUGCGUCAAGCUGUUCUAUAUGCAGAACAAGAACUUUGCAGUGUUGAAGAUGGAGGGAACACUGUAACCACAACUUUUACUCUCAUUAAAGCUUUAUUGAGCCGUCAGCAUAAUUGUCAUGAACUUAAGGAAUUAAUGAUACAUGUUGCAAAAUCGAGUAUUACUUGUGAACGUGAUGCUGUACGCACUCAAGCACGUCAAACAUUUUACCAAUACUUGAUGGAUUACCCUAUUGGUAAAGCUUUAAAUGGGCAUAUUCAAUUUUACUUGUCUCAAUUAGAGUAUGAAGUUCAAAACGGACGUGAAUCGGCAUUGGAAAUGAUUACUUUAUUAAUAAAAACUUUACCACCUGUAAGUUAAAAUGUAUUCUUUAGGGAACACAUUUGACAUUUUUAUAAGACAAAUAUUAUUUUUUAUUAUUAGGAAGUAUUAAGAAAUCAUAGUUCUACAAUGUUUAUAUCACUCGGGGCACGAAUAGUUAAUGAUAGUGUAGCAUCAUGUCGUAAAAGUGCAGCAGAAGCAAUUUCUAUUAUGUUAGGCAGAUUGACUAAAAAUAUCAUAUCAACAUUAUAUGAAAUAACUUUAACUUGGCUACAAGGAUCAAAAGUACUGAAUAAAAAAUGUCAUUACAUUUAAAUACAUUAAAAAAAAAAUUAAUUUUUAAAAUUUGCUUAUCUAGAUAAUUCAUAGGCAAUUAGGCGCUCAGUUAAUAAGUAUAUUUGUGACUGUUGAAGAUCAAGAAUUCAAUAGUAGGUUAAAAACAACUUUGCCGCUCCUGUGUAAAUACCUUAAAAGAACAGUGAAUAUUGAUGGACCUGGCCGUUUUGUACGAAUUCACGAGCCUGUAGAAAAUGCUCAGGAAUUAGAUCAUCUGUUAUUCCAAUGUCUUCAAACUUGUGUAAACAUUGCUAACACAUGUCCUAAUGCUCUCACUAAAUCAUCUUUAAAUGAACAUAUCAAUAAUAUUGCAGGUGAGUGGAAUACUCGUUUACAUUAAUGUUGAAAAUAGUUUUUAAUAGUAACAUAUAUUUAUUUUAGUGUCCUGUCAAGAAUUACUACGAGAUGACCAUGGAUGGGUGAGACUUGGCGCUCUUCGUUUUUUAAAGAAAUAUUUAUCAACAGUAGAUACUAAAGCAAUUGCACUGUUAGCUUCAAAAAAAAUUGAUAAGGAAGAAAAGAGAUUUUUGUAUUUUAAUGCUAGACAGAAUGUAAAAAUGUUAUGUUUGGACCUCAUAGAUCAAGUUAUCCCAGGGCACGAAGUACUAGAAGAAAUACUAAAAGAAGUAAUUAUCUUUACCUCUAAAAUGUUCUGUUCAAAUGUUAAUUGCUUAGAUUGUUAUUCAAUUGGUAAAUUAUUUUAUGUAUUUUUUUUAACUAUGCUUGUAUUACUUAUGGUUUUAUUAAUUUUUAGACAAUGGAUAACCUUUUAUUGUUAGCAGAAAUUCUGAAAUUUGUGCAAUCUAAAAAAGUGAAAAAUGAUAAAAAUGAACUUUCUUUAGGAUGGCUGUUAAAAAAUUUAAAUAAACUUAUAUAUAUUGAAGUUUCUAAGUACCCUCAACACUACACUGUGGUAAUUAUUUAAUUUUUGUGUUUGGUUUGUUUAUUUAGAUAGUCAUUAUAGUGAUAAAUCCAUUUCUAUUAGUCAUUUAAUUAAAAAAUGUAUAUGUUUUGUAAUUUAGAGAAAUACUGUGUUUAAUUACUAUGGGGCCUUAACUACUCAUUUAGAACGUCCCAAGUUGCUUUCGGUUGUAAAAAUAAUUUUAAAACCAUUAAUUCGUGAACUAUCGACUACUGAUGAUGCUAGUGUAGAUAUUCGACGAGUAGCCAAAUCUGCAUCAAAUGUAAUAAAAAAGAAAUGUGGAGCUGAAAUUUACAAUGAAAAUUGUUCUAUUAUUCAACGAAAUUUAAAUGCUAGAAGAGCAUUGAGGAAAAAGGAAUCUUUACUGCAAGUGAGUUAAUGAUCACAUAUUACUAAUUAUAAAUUUAUUUUGUGGUACAUACAAUGUAUAUAUUAUUAUAUAAUUUAAACUAAUUUUAACUAUACAUCAUUAUGUAUACAUAAAUAAAAUCAUACUAGUUAUUUAAAUGUUUUAUUUUAGGUUGUUACUAAUCCAGAAUUAGCUGCUAAGAGAAAAAUUACUAAACAAGCAAAAAAGAAAGGAAACAAAAAAAGAAAAAUGGAGAAACUGAAACAAAAAAAUAUUAUAAUGAAGAUAAAAAAAGAUAUAGAUUUGGAAGAAUAUUAA